AUGACUCCAAAAGUAAAGAAAUCAAGUAAUAUACGGCACGAAACUUCUAAGGGAGGUGCUAACAAAAUAGCGAAAGGGAAUUCAAAUAAGAUUAAGAAGAGUAGUAGUCAUAAAGUAUCAAAAUCACAAUCCAAAUCAACCAAGGUUAAAAUAGCUAGGUUGAAUGCUGAUGUUAAUGAACUUCAUGAAAUAACCCAAUUAUUAGGCCAGAAUCCAGCUGAGAAACCAAAAAGUGCGUUGGAUGUUAAUAGUUUGAAAGAAGGGUUGAAGGAAGAUCAACAUACGAAGGCUCAAGCCAAAUUAGUUGAUCAAGAUUUAACGGCUCAAUUAGAAUUGCUUACUGGAAUGGGACUCUAA